AAAAGUAAUAAAAUAAAUUAUGUUUUUUUUUUUGUUGAAGGAUUGAUUGAGUAACUUUACGCAACAAGCAACAGAUCGUGAAUGAGACCUUACCAGACCAACCACAACAGAUCAUAGAACGACGCUGCAAAGAGGAAGGAACACUGUCAUGUGGGAAUCGAUUCUAUUAACGGUGGCUGCAACCGCCGGAAAUAACAUCGGAAAAAUCCUUCAGAAAAAGGGCACUAUCAUUCUCCCUCCCCUCUCCUUCAAGUUCAAGGUUAUUAGGGCUUAUGCUUUGAACAAAACAUGGUUGAUAGGUUUUCUGAUGGAUAUUUUUGGGGCAUUAUUGAUGUUAAGGGCAUUGUCUCUGGCUCCAGUCUCUGUUAUCCAACCAGUAUCUGGCUGCGGACUAGCAAUUCUGUCGAUCUUUUCUCAUUUCUAUCUCCAAGAAGUUAUGAAUGUUGUUGAUUGGGUUGGAGUUACCUUGGCAGGCAUUGGCACAAUAGGAGUUGGUGCUGGUGGCGAGGAGCAACAAGAGGCAGUUGCUCUAUCUAUUUUUCACAUACCAUGGCUGGUAUCCGUUGUUUCCAUCUUGUUUAUACUGCUUAAUGGAUGGCUUCGAAUAUACAAGCGUCAGCGAAGAGAACAAGAGAUGAUGGAAUACGAUGUUGUCGAGGAAAUCAUUUAUGGCUUGGAAUCUGGUAUUUUGUUUGGGAUGUCAUCUGUAAUAUCAAAGAUGGGAUUUCUAUUCCUUGAACAAGGUUUUCACAAGCUGCUGGUUCCUAUAUGCCUCUUGAUCAGUGUGUCUUGUAGUGGUAUCGGCUUUUACUACCAGACACGUGGCCUAAAGCAUGGCAGGGCUAUUAUAGUUUCUACAUGUGCUGCUGUGGCAUCAAUUUUGACUGGUGUACUUGCUGGGAUGCUUGCUUUGGGUGAGCGGCUUCCUUCUGCUCCAAAAGCUCGUCUAGUGCUCCUUCUUGGAUGGCUACUUAUAAUUACGGGCGUGAUUUUGCUUGUUGGUUCAACAAAACUAGUGAGAUUCCUCGCUUCUUCACGGCGAACAAGAAGCAAUACGGAGAAGAAUUAUGGCCCUAGAAGAUCUACUUCUUCCCGUGUAAGGGAGCCAAGUCCUACUAGUGCUGUCAUUCAAGCGGCAACAUUAAAUCAUCUGCUAUCGUCGUCUUCCAAAGAAAAAGCUUGACUUGACAUAAGCUAGAAAUGUUCCUUCAUCUCCUCACGGGAUUUCUAAGCAUUAAACUGCUAAGGCCAUGAUGUAUGAUGAUGUAUAUGUAAGUGGCUGCUUCAUCAGAGGGCGUGGCGUUUUUUCUGGAAUCAUACCUUCUGAUUCAUAGUUUGGGUGAAAUAUCUGUUAACUUUCUCAUGCUAUAUAGUAAAAAAUAUUCCUGAACUUUAACUAUGUUGGCUUGUGAGGAUUGUAUAUGAUAGUGAUGGUGGCAUACCAACAUACAUAAUUUUUAUUCAAGUCAGAAUCAAAUUUUAAUAAUGAACAGUCUUAUUCCUGUUUA